AUGCCCAAAGACUAUCAGGAGGUCUACAGAGGGACAAAAAAUGAUGUUAAAGAGAUCCCAAAGAUUGCAAAGCCCUUUGUUUCUGAGAUGAUCUUUGUGCAAACCAGCAUCACUUCUAUAAGUAAAGGUGCCUUCAGGUACAUGCCCAACCUGACCAAGAUUUUGUUCAUUGGCAACAAGAUCAAGACUGUUGAACCUGGAGCCUUUGAUAAUUUGGACAAGUUGAGGGACUUGGAUAUCUCUGGUGCCUCAUUAGAAAAACUACCUGUGGGCACUUUCCAAAACCUCCCAAGUUUACAGAGGCUGGAACUGAGAGACAGCCAGCUCAGAUCCAUCCCCAAAGGCCUGUUUGAUGGGCUGGAAAGUUUGGGAGAGCUCUCCCUGCACAUCAAUGCAAUCCCUUCUCUUCCAGAAGGCAUUUUUGAUUCUCUUGUCAAUCUAACUUUUUUGGAUCUGUCUAGAAACAGGAUCACAGCUCUUCCUGUGAAUGCCUUUAGCAAACUCACCCAGCUGCAAGUCCUCCGGCUGUAUGAGAACGAGUUGCAGGACCUCCCAGAGGGACUGCUAGACAGUCAGCUGGAGCUGCUGGAGCUCAGCCUCCAGAGGAACAGGCUCAGGGCACUGCCACCCAUGCUUCUGAGGAGCCUGCCUCACCUGGAGAAACUCCUCUUGGACAACAACCUCAUCAGGGUUCUCCCACCUCAGGGCUUUUUUGGUUUAAACAAACUAAAUUUGCUGACUCUGGGCUCAAACCAUAUUAUGGAGCUCCCCUGCUGCCUUUUUGACACCAUGCCACACUUGAGGGAGCUGGAUCUGGGCAGGAACAGUUUGGCCACACUUCCAGAGGGCAUCUUUGUCAACCUCACAUCCCUUGGCAAACUCAUCUUGUCCCACAACCAGCUAUCAGCCCUGCCAAGAGGGGUCUUCACUGGGCUCAGCAAGCUCUUGGACCUCCAGCUGGACACAAAUCAGCUCUCUGCUCUGGAUGAAGAGGUCUUUGCUUCUCUCCCAAAUCUGAAAACCCUCAAUCUUCGAAAGAACCAGCUGGAGAGUGUUCCUCAAGGGCUCCUAGAUCCUCUGAAGAAGCUCAGCUCAGUGUAUCUGAGCGGUAACCCGUGGAGAUGUGACUGCAACCUCUGCUACCUGCACCGCUGGAUCCUGGGCAACAGGGAGAAGGUCAAAUUGUCCACCCAAGUCUCCUGCAAGAGCCCACCCCACCUGGCAGGGCAAGAAGUAACAUUGCUGAGGGAUGAACACCUGAUUUGCCCAGGUACUCUGCCAUUUAACUCCACACCAUCACAAAGAACAUCAACAUUCCUGUCACGUGGAGCCGUGUCCACAGCAGCACCAACCAUGCUGUCACUGGCAUCCUUUCCCAUCAGGACACUGCCAACCACUCUUCCACCUGUGGUCACCCCUGCUGUGUUGCCAACCGUGCCCAUGGAGGCUGCCUUCACUGCUCUGUCCCCAGCCAAGCCAUCUGAGGUCUUUGUCACCAUCCCAACACCAGCUGUGCUGCAGAAGGCCUUCAGCACCAGCCCAUCAACAACCAAUAAGCUCAAGACCUACAUCACCACGCCAUCAACAACCACUGUGCCCAGGUCCUUCAUCACCACACCAUCAACAGCCAGUGUGACAGAGUCCUCCAUCACCACCCCAUCACCAGCUGUGCUGCCAGAGACCUACAUCACCACGCCAUCAACAACCACUGUGCCCAGGUCCUUCAUCACGACACCGUCACCAAAAGCCUUCAUCACCACCUCAUCACCCACUGUGCUGCCAAAGGCCUCCACUGCCACACCAUCAUCAUCAGCUGAGAUGCCCAAGGCUUCCAUCACCACCCCAUCAUCAGCUGUUUCAACUUCAGCCAUCGUAAGGCUGCAGACUCCUGGGGCCACCCACCCAGAACCUGUACCACCCACUCCAGCUUCUCCCACCUCACGGGUGCCAACAAGCUCACUGGCAGGCACCACCAGAGCGGAGCCUCCUGCUCUCUCAGUGCCCAGGGAGAGGCCAGCCACCAUCCCACAGGGAACACCCACAACCCCCCUUGUCUCAGCUCCCUCCAUGGCCCUCUGGCCAUUCUCCAGGACUGCUGCUCCGGGCACAGUCCCGCUGGCCUCACGUUCACCAUCACACCAUGCUCCUGCACCAGGCAGGGAAUGGGGCUAUUCCACCACCUGUGACUCAUCCACAGCUGGUGCCCAGCCCGCCCCCACUGCUGCCCAGCAGGCUCCUGCCCUGGCAGGCACCGUCCUGCUCCCAACACCUCCCAUCCCCGCACUAUCAGACAGCACCAGCCCCUCUCCAGCCUCCCCACUCCUGACCCCCAGCAGUCAUCGUGCCUGGGGCUUGUCCCUGUGGACCAGCCCAUGGCAGUGCCAGGUGUCCCUGGCCUUGGGGCUGGCCAUGCUGGCACUGCAGGCUGUCUGCACACUGCUGGGGGGAGUGGUCGCCUUCCUUCUUCACCAGGACACCCGCCACCACCCCGGGCCACCCGUGAGGCUGCUGAGCCUUCAGGCUCUGGCUGCUCCGGGGACCCCCGAGCCAGCCCCGGUGCCACCUUGA